AUGAAGGGUCGAGGGAUCUUCAAAGACCAAGAUUUGGAAGAGAUAGGUGGCGUCAUCUCGUCGCUUGCGCCCACCUUUGAGCCUUUCGAGAAGGCCAGACGAAUUGUUCGAAGCCUUCAUUUCGAGCAGAUCCACAACCGGGAGUCAGAUAUCAGGGAUGCUCACGAGAAUACUUUUGAAUGGGUUUUCCGGGACUCCACCUCCCACUUCAAUGAAUGGCUGCACAGGGAGCACGGACUUUACCGGAUCAGCGGGAAGGCUGGUUCAGGUAAGUCGACAAUGAUGAAGUUCUUGACUGGAGAUUCGAGAACUCGCCAGCGCCUAGAGAUGUGGGGUGGUAAUAACCUUGUUAUUGCCAAGCAUCAUUUUUGGAGCGCAGGUACCUCGUUGCAAAUGUCUCAGGAGGGACUUCUGAGGACGCUGCUGGAAGACAUAUUGAUCAGCAGACCAGAUCUGGGCAGCAGGAUCUGUCCAAAGCAAUGGGCGGAGAGCAAUAUUCUUGAACUUCCCCGUUGGUCUAAGACAGAGCUGUUGUCAUGUCUAAUGAAUCUCGGCAACUUGACUAGUGGGAUUGGCUUUGAUCCAGCCCAGCUCGUCCACGUCUGCAUUUUUUUCGACGGCCUGGACGAGUAUUCCGGAGACCAUUCUGAACUUGCAGUGCUUACUCAGAGAUUGGCAAGCUUCAAGAACAUAAAGGUCUGUGUCUCUAGCCGCCCCUGGAACGACUUUACGGACGCGUUUGGAGAAAGUCAAUACAAGCUUGAGCUACAUGAGCUCACUGAGAGGGACAUUUUGACAUUCACCUCGGACACUUUGGGGCAGAAUUCCCAGUUUCAACAUUUGAAAAGUCGGAAUCCAGAGGAUGCGGAGUCUUUGAUUCAGGCAAUAUCUGAAAGAGCCCAAGGGGUAUUUCUAUGGGUCUUCCUCGUUGUCAGAUCUUUACUCCGAGGCCUGAGAAACGAGGACGACUUGCCGACUCUCAAACGGCGCAUGAUCGAACUCCCUAAUCAGCUGGAAGAGUUCUUUGGUCGAAUGCUGGAUACUAUCGAGCCUGUUUACAUGAAACCGGCGGCACGGACCUUACUAAUGAUCUCUCGCGCCAAUGGGCCAUUCCCAAUGCUUACAUUUCUCUUUGUCGAUCUGGAGGCCUGCGGAACCGGCAUCAGGUCCGAAGCAUCAAUCCCUCUGGAGAGCUGGCCAGACAUUGACCCGAAUGCAAGAGAAAUGCUAAGGAUCAAGAGAAAGCAGCUGGUAGCUCAGUGCAGAGACCUGCUACAUAUCGGUACAAACCCAGACGAGCCCCAAUUACUUGGUGAGCGAGUUGGCCCACUUCACAGAACCGUGCUCGACUACCUUAAGACUGAAGAGGUCAACUCCCUGUUGUUGGAAAAAGCCGGCCCAGACUUUGAGCCUUAUCGAGCUCUGCUUGUUGCACACGUUCUAGAGAUACGCGCUCUAGUUCGGAAAGCAGGCCUCAGACAUCUAAAGAAUUAUCUGUGCCGCUGGCUCAAUGACAUUUUUGACUUCGCGGUGGGACUGGAAUUGUGCACCGGCCAAACAGAGCUGGAGACUUUAGACGGAUUCGAGAGGUUUCUGGAGACUCUUUUCGAAGAAUACCACUAUUCCUCCUUCGAGGAAGGCAUGCAGUCAUUCUUCAACAUCGAGGAGAACGCUUCUUCCUUCGUCAGCCUAGCCGCGUAUCGGGGUCUGAAGUUAUACCCAUGA